UUUACAUAGAAACAAAAUGGAGUUAAUGACGCGCCUGAAACAGGCUUCUGUCGAAACAACUCCUGUAGAUAUUGCUAACAACUUAGAAACGUUACAAUUCGACAGUGCUCUGUCUGCAGAGGAGGUGCAACUUCUCCAUCUCCGUAACAGGACACAUGCAAUCACAGUGUCUUCAUGUGCACAAGCCACAUAUUUCGCCAGUGUUCUACACGAAGCAAGACAAUUGAAAAAACAGCUAAAAAGUCCACAGAAAAGAACAGCCAAGAUAUUGCAGGAUCGUGAACCUCGUGACCCCCUGAAGGUCGGAAUAAUUGGCUGUGGCCGCCUUGGGAGUCAGCUUGCACACUGCCUACUUACUUAUGGCGAUAUGAACCCUAAAGACUUAAAGAUAUCAACAAGGAGACCAGAAACUUUAGAAUAUUUAAGAAACAAAGGAGUAGACUGCACCCAUGACAACAUCAAGUUGGCAUCAACUUCCCACUUGAUAUUUUUAUGUGUGCUCCCGUCACAUGUACAGACAGUCGCUGAGGAAAUUAGUGAUCAUUUGCCGCGGGCGUCCAUAGUGUACUCAUUUGUCAGUACCUACACACCCAAGAGACUGAAACAGCUGCUGGGAACCAGCAAUGUGAUAAAACCGGAGUAUAGCUGGUCAGAGGAAAGUGAGAGAAACAGUUGGAACUGUAACAUAAAUGUAAAUUCAGCCCUUGAGGAUCCAGAGAUAGUAGAAAAGACGUGUCCCAUUGGAUACAAAAAAUCAGAAUGCUUUGUGAUGACUCAGGAGAAACUGGCUGAGAUAAUGAUUUUUGCGUUCAUCAACAUGGCAACCACUCUCCGUGUAAAUAAGGAGGAUGCCCUCAGUAUCCUCCACAUCGUCAUGUUUGAGGACACGCCAGAGGACCAUCUACGUGAGGAGGACUUCAUCAGGAACUCGCGUGACCAAACAGGAAUGUUUCCGAGGUUCCAGCUAACCCAGCUGACAGAGGUAACGACAUCUGUGCUCAAAAGAAUCUCGACAUGUCAACCACUCAGGGCAGCAUUUUUGAAAAAAUAUCUUGGACUUUUUGAUAAUUAUGUGCAACAAAAAGCUUACGAAAUGUUGAAUGGAAAUAUGUGAUACAAGCUGAAAAUAUUCAGACUGAGACAUUGCAGCAUCAAUACCUGUGAUACCUAAAUGUGCUAUGUUGUAAAAAAAAAUAUCUACAUUAAUGUGAUUAAAUUGUUAUUUUUCAAUUCAAACUUUUGU